AUGGGAGUUGUAGUCCAACUCCUGGGACACCGGCCGCAAACGCCCAUUCGUUUCUCAAGCAGCCCCGCCAAGACACGGCUAGGCCUUCGGGAGGCUCCCGGGGUACGAAGCCUUUCGGAGAGCGGCAGCCUAGAAGUUUUGCCCCUCGCGGCCACCAUGGCAUCGGGGGAUGGAAACCAGGAAACGGGGGGUCCCCCUGAUUUUCAUGGCACUCCCUUCCGGUGGGGAUCCCUUCUGUCUGCAGUAAGAGAUCAGAUUCCUUCGAUGGACUCGGAUGUAUCUCUGGCUGAUAGCGAUGAAGAUGGGGACCUUUUUCUCUUCCAACGAGAUCAGUCCAACUUGAUUCCUGACCUGAUGGAAGAACUAGAAGAUCUUCCACUGGAAGAAUCAUACUUGCAAGAAACCUUCUCCUUCAUGAGGCCUCCCCAGGAGGCCUGGAAUGGAGAUCUGAGAAGUUCAGCUUUUCAGAAUGAGGGAGUCCUUCUGUCCGAACCUAGCGGGGGCCUCUUGCUUGAACUCCGAUCUCAAAAUGAAGAAGACCCAAGCCAAGAUGCCAUUAGUUCUUUGGAAUUCUCCAUCAAUGAGCAACGGUUGGAUGAGGGCAUUUCAAGGGUCAUUGCCGGAAAAGUGUGGGAUCUUGGGAAAGAGAAGGACAUGCCAGGUUCAUCCCCUGACGUGAUACCACCCGUGGAAAUACCGCCUUUCUUGAGGUCGGACGAUAGUGAGGAAGAGCGGAGGAGGCUCAUCGAAACCCAGAUCCUUUCCAAAGCACCGUUGAGACCUCUUUCUGGCCUAGGCUGUCCAGAACCCCAAGAUAAGAACAAGGAAGGAAGAACGGCAGAGGUCAAAAAGGAGGAGGCAGUUGUGUCAGUUGAACAUCCUCCAGAACUGACACUAUUUCGCUUCAAGGAUAUUGAGAAAUGGGAUCUAGACAAAGUUCUCCAGAAGCUAGAGAGGCAAAGCAAAGCUAUAAGCUGGCCAGGGGAAGCUGAAUCUCCUUCUUUGCGCCAUGAACGUUUCAGGGCUGUGACCCAAUCGAAGCUGAUGGCAAAACUGGAAGAAUUGUCUCGUAAGCAGUCCAAGGCAUUUUCCUCCCACUGGCAGAGGCACCCCCCAAAAUCUCCCUCCCUUGACAAAUGCCAGGGAGAUGUGAGAGACGUUUCUGUUCCAGCACCAAUAAAAAAUGAUCUGAGUUGGAUUCCAGCAGCUUUAUGCGUUCCAGAGCCUCCAACAGUGUAUAUUGAUUUAAGGGACACCAUAUCUCAAAAGGUGGAGUCUUUGGCUGAUGAAACACAAAGCUUGAGCGACAGCUCCUCUGAUGAUGAUGAGGAAGAUAUGAACGGGACAACCCAAAACGAAGAAGAACGGAGGCUGGAUGAGUUUUCUUCAGCAUCACGGUACAGCAAAAAUUGCACUGGGAAAUGUUCUCUACUGCAACAGCUCCGAAACUUUCGAAAACAGAUGUCUCAGUCGCCGGCCACUGAACCAAACAAAAGAAGCCAAAACCUGCAGCAACCCAACAGAACCAGUCAGCUGAAUGUCAGAACAACAAGGCAGAGCCUGAAACCCAGAGGUCAAUCUUCCAUGAAGACAGGAGAAAUGGAACCUGAUGGAAAGAAUCCCUUCCCCGUUGACUGAGCUAAGUGAGGAGCUAAGCCUUCUGGAG